AUGGCAAACAUACAAUUGACUAAAUAUUUACUUUUACGAUCUGCAAAUCUACCUUGGCUUCUAACUAAACCGAAAAGCCUCUCAAUAUCAUUUCCAGCUAAUAUAGUUUACAAUAACACUGCACUGAUAACGGCAACAACAACUACUACUACUACAAGGCGUUGUAUUCAUGUCGGCCCAAAUAAGCAAUACAACGGUAUUCAAACUGCCGCUCAUCACUUCAAACAGCAACGUCAUAUGCCUUAUUUUCUUGAAUAUCUCAUGUGGGCUGUAUUUGGGUCAGAAGCUCUCCAUUUAAUUUGGCUCAAAAUGGACUAUAAAGAGUAUAGAGAAAAGACAGCGCAUAAAAAGAAAGUGUUAGAAGAAUUGAUCGAACGUAUUGAACAGGGAGAAGUUAUAACAGACAGUUUAAGAGAGGAGAUCAAGAUGGUUUUGUUAAAUAAGCACGAUAAGCAACAUAAAUUGACGGCCGAGGAUUUUGACGAUGAAUAUUUAGCUAAAUUGAUCGAACAAACUAGUCAUGAGACAGUAUCAUCUACGAGGAACAAUGAUGCAGAUCAGAAUAUUCACAAAGAAGAGUCAAAAUGGCUAGAUGAAGAUAAGAUUGUGAGGGGAGCAGAUAAGAAGUCCUCUAAAGAGAAAGCGUUUUUCUUAUAG